CGCGUGUUGGCAAUCAUAGCCCCCGUUACUCGCGGCAGUAUAUUAUAGAUCUACUGUCUCGCUUAGCGUAGCCCGUUUCUCUUCCACGACGCUCUCUGUCUAGCGUCGCCAUCGCAUCGAGCAAUACUUCCCGGAUUUGGCGCGUUUCUUUCCUCUCGCUCCUGGACCGAAAAUGGCUCCCUUUACCUUGAGCUCCUCGCACGACAUAGGCGGACUAUUAGUCGCCGCACUGGUUGGACUGCUGUUCCUGUACUUUGUCGCGCGAAGCGUGUACUAUGCCUUCUUCCACCCCCUGGCGAAGGUGCCCGGCCCCAAACUAUACGCCUUCUGGGACCUGCCGUAUCUGUACCACCUGCUGCGCGGCGAGUGGUGGCUGAAGCUCAAAGACCUGCACGACGAGUACGGGCCGGUCGUGCGCUACACGAGCAACAACGUAUCCUUCGCGACCCCGGGCGCCUGGAAGACCAUCUAUAACCACCGCUUGCCCGGCCAGGAGACCUUUGUGAAGGACCCCAUCGCCUACCGGCCCUCCUUCUCCGGGGUCCCGCACAUCGUCAACUCCAACGGCGAUGACCACCGGCGCCAGCGGCGCCUGCUGUCCCACGCCUUUUCCGAGAAGGCGCUGCGGGGCCAGGAGGACAUCAUGAAGCGCUACAUCGACCUGCUGAUCAGUAAGCUCGGCGAGCGCGCCAGGGCCGGCGAGACGGUCGACAUCGUGCGGUGGUACAACUUCACGACAUUCGACCUGAUCGGCGACCUGGCCUUCGGCGAGCCGUUCGGCUGCCUCGAGAGCGGCGGCUACCACCCGUGGGUGGCCAUGAUCUUCCAGAUCAUCAAGCUGUCCGUCUUCACCGAGGUGAUGCGGCGGUACCCGGCGCUCCGGCACCUCGUGAAGCUGUUCGUGCCGUCGCAGCUGGUGCGCAGCCAGAAGGAGCACUUCGCGCUGGCGCAGGAAACGGCGCGCCGCCGGCUCGAGAGCGGCAACGUGUCGCGCGAGGACUUCAUGUCUUACAUCCUGCGCCACAACGACGAGAAGGGCAUGACGCCCGGCGAGAUCGUCGAGAAUUCCAACGUGCUGAUCAUCGCCGGCAGCGAGACCACGGCGACCCAGCUGAGCGGCACCACCUUCUACCUGCUGCGGAACCGCGACAAGUACGACAAGCUGGUGCGCGAGAUCCGCGAGACCUUCGCCAGCGAGGACGACAUCACCCUCCUGCGCACCAGCAGCCUCGAGUACCUGAACGCCGUGUUCGAGGAGGGAUUCCGCAUGUACCCCCCCGUACCGCUGGCCCUCUCGCGCCGCACGCCCGCCAAAGGCGAAUACAUUGAAGGCUACUGGAUCCCAGGCGGCGUGAGCCACACCCUUUUCCCCCUUCCCCUUCCCCCCCUUCCCCCUUUACCCCAAACCAUACACCAGCAACUGACAGCAGAAUGACGACGCA